GUGAAUCAUCCGGCUGCUGCCAACAGAAAAGAGGUGACAUCCGAAACCGAUGCUGCCUGCUGGCGUCUCGAAUUGUGGGAUUAGCGACCUAUUAGCGACCGCAAAUGGACGUUUAUCGGACUUUUAUUAAUCUCUCUAAGAUGAAAAAUUAGCAGAACCUCAGAUUGAGCUGUAAAUGUAUCAGCAUCAGAGAGCUCAGUAUGAAGAAAUCAGUCCGGCCGGCGGUGAGUAAGGCGAGUGGAGAUCGAGGAAAGGCUGACGCCGCGGCCACCGCUGGCACCGGAAAGCCUGCAGCCAAGACCAGCACCACAGCACCUCUGUCUAAGGUGAAAAGCAAUGAUGAUCUUUUAGCAGUUAUGGCCGGAGGGAAUCCUGCAUCAAGUAGUGCUGUUUCCAAGACCAAGAGGACGGCCUCCAUUGGGACUAGUGCUAACAACCUAGACAGCAAGCCAAAGACUACAUCAGGUACUUCAUCCAAGCGUACGACAUCCUCGACUUCCAAGGAGCCAAAUUCAUCACGAGACCGUCUUCGGACAUCAAGGACAUCAGCUGCUAAGAAGCAGUUAGUAUCAGGGACUGUAGCUGGGGAUGUGGCCUCAGGGAAACGCUCCCGCAGCCAGAUCCUAACAGAGUCUGAGGGCCGUAUGAGCAAGUCUAAAUCAGACGGCCAGAUCAGUGAUAAGGUGGCUUUGGAAGCUAAAGUAAAAGACCUGUUGGGUUUGGCUAAAAGCAAAGAUGUGGAGAUCCUACACCUGCGCAGUGAGCUGAGGGACAUGAGGGCCCAGCUUGGUUUGGGAGGGAAAGAAGCGCCAAUGCAGGAAGAAGCUGGGGAGGAAGAGAAGCCUCAGGUUACAGCCAUCACAGCAGCUGAUGUGGAGUCCACUCUGAUUCUCUUACAAGAGCAGAACCAGGCCAUUAGAGAGGAGCUCAACCUACUAAAGAGUGAGAACCGCAUGCUGAAAGACCGGCUUAAUGCACUGGGCUUCUCUCUGGAGCAGAGGCUGGACGGCUCUGACAAGCUGUUCAACUGUGCUUCCCUGAGCCCAGACCACCUGGCAGCAGGCAGUGGGCAGAGUGAUGGUGGAGGCACAGGUACACUGACCUCCUCAGUGGAAGGAUCUGCCCCGGGCUCUUUGGAGGAUCUGCUCACAGGUCACCAGCAUGGAGGCUCAGUGGACAACCUUGACAGUGAAUCUAGUGAGGUCUACCAGGCUGUCACCUCCAGUGAUGAUGCUCUGGAUGCCCCCUCUGGAGCCUCCUCAUCAUCUGAGUCGGAGUGUGCACCCAGCAGGGAGCGCUCACGGAGGGGCAGCAGCGGCAAUGCCAGUGAGGUGUCAGUGGCCUGUCUGACGGAGCGCAUCCACCAGAUGGAAGAGAAUCAGCACAGCACUGCGGAGGAGCUCCAGGCCACGCUACAGGAGCUGGCUGACCUGCAGCAAAUCACCCAGGAAUUAAAUGGGGAGAAUGAGCGGCUCGGCGAGGAGAAGGUGAUCCUCAUGGACUCCUUGUGCCAGCAGAGCGACAAGCUGGAGAUCUAUGGUCGCCAGAUCGAGUAUCUGCGUUCUCUGCUGGAUGAGCAUCAUAUAUCGUAUGUGCUAGAGGAGGACAUCAAGAGUGGCCGCUACAUGGAGCUGGAGCAGCGCUACGCAGACCUGGCAGAUAAUGCCCGCUUUGAGAGAGAGCAGCUGCUGGGGGUGCAGCAACACCUGUCCAACACAUUAAAGAUGGCUGAACAGGACAACGCUGAGGCCCAGGAGAUGAUCGGAGCGCUGAAGGAGAGGAACCACCAGAUGGAGCGCAUCAUGGAAUCAGAGCGACAGGAUCGGACUGCCAUGGCAGCUGCACUUGAGGAGUACAAGGCAGCAGUGAGCAAUGACCAGGCGGAGCUGAGCCGCUGCAGAGCCCAGCUGGACCAGGAGAGGCAGAGGGUGGCUGAGCUAUACUCUCUUCAUACUGCGGGGGACAAAAAUGACAUCUGCCAGCUGCUGGAAGGUGUAAGACUGGGGAAAGAGGAGGCUGAGGCCAAGGCUGCAAAGAUGCAGGAAGAGCUGGAACAAGCCCACAGUGAACUCAACAGGCUGCAGGAGACUUUCAGUAAGCUGGACAGGGAAUACAGAGACUUCCAGGAGCAGGUGCAGCAGCAGAUGGCCGAGCAGGAGCGCGCACUGGAGAAGCAGCGUGUGGAGCUGCAGGAAAAAGAGACAGAGAUCGCCGACAUGAAGGAAACCAUCUUUGAGCUGGAGGAUGAGGUGGAGCAGCACCGCGCUCUUAAACUACACGACAACCUCAUCAUCACAGACCUCGAGAACUCUGUGAAGAAGCUGCAGGACCAGAAGCACGACAUGGAGAGAGAGAUUAAGAUUCUUCACCGCAGACUGAGGGAGGAGUCAAUGGAGUGGCGUCAGUUCCAGGCUGAUCUCCAGACAGCUGUUGUCAUUGCUAAUGACAUCAAGUCGGAAGCGCAGGAGGAGAUUGGAGACUUGCGGCGCCGACUGCAGGAAGCGCAGGAGAAGAACGAGAAGCUGAGCAAGGAGCUGGAUGAGGUCAAGAGCCGGAAGCAGGAGGAGGAGAGAGGGCGAGUGUAUAACUACAUGAAUGCAGUGGAGAGAGACCUGGCUGCUCUCAGACAGGGGAUGGGUCUCAGCCGGCGUUCCUCCACCUCCUCAGAACCCUCGCCCACUGUCAAAACACUCAUCAAGAGCUUCGACAGUGCCUCACAAGGUCCAACUUCCAACGGUGCCUCUGUGGCUCCAACAGCCUCGGCUGCCCCGCUCCCACGCACCCCCCUGAGCCCCAGUCCCAUGAAGACACCUCCAGCGGCUGCUGUUUCACCCAUACAGAGACACUCCAUAACAGGGUCUAUUGCAGCAGCCAAGCCGCUCUCCUCACUGAGUGAUAAGAGGCCCAGCUACACAGACAUCUCCAUGCCAGCUGAGCACCUUCUCAGGGGAACCUCGGCUAGCCGACCUCCAUCUGUCCUCCAGAGGGUUUCCAACAUGGACUCCACCAAGGCGAUCUCAGUGUCCCGCAGGAGCAGUGAGGAGAUAAAGAGGGACAUGUCGGCUUCAGAUGGGGCCUCCUCAUCCUCCCUGAUGGCUAUGAGUGCAGCCUCCUCUCCACUCUCCCUGUCGUCCUCCUCUCCUACCGCUUCCGUCACCCCCACAGCACGCAGCCGUCUAAGAGAGGAGAGAAAGGACCCGUUGUCAGCACUGGCCAGAGAGUAUGGAGGCUCCAAGAGAAAUGCUUUGCUAAAGUGGUGCCAGAAGAAGACUGAGGGCUACCAGAACAUUGAUAUCACAAACUUCAGCAGCAGCUGGAACGAUGGCCUGGCCUUCUGCGCCGUGCUCCACACCUACCUUCCUGCACACAUCCCCUACCAGGAGCUCACUAGCCAAGAGAAGAGGAGAAAUUUCACCUUAGCUUUCCAGGCUGCAGAGAGUGUGGGCAUCAAAUGCACUUUGGACAUAAAUGAGAUGGUGCACACAGAGAGGCCGGACUGGCAAAGUGUCAUGACUUAUGUCACAGCUAUCUACAAGUACUUUGAGACCUGACUUCCCCGGUGCCACGCCAGCCUCUCCUGAGCUCUCAGCAACAUUUCAACGCCACAGUCAACUGUUAUACCUCACUGACCCCCUCCCUCACACCACAGCGACACCCAGUCACGCUGCAUGCCAGUCCUCAGUAUUUAGCAACCCCAAAGGCAGACCACAACCUCACUGGACACAACAGCUACUCCAUCCUCCCAUUACAACAUAGGAGGCACUUUGUGUAGAGUUGUAAUCCAAGGGCUUGCCUGUAUUUCUACUGUUACACAAGUAAAUCUUUAGAGGUGACUCUAGUGACAACAUGGUAAACAAAGUAUGAACUGAGCAGCGACGAAAUCUUGUAGAUCAUCUUUGCCUUCAGUUCACAUCUGAAGGAGCAGCAUGGAGGAGAAACCAAGUCUCAGUGCCUUCUACCUGGCUCUUCCUCACAAAUAUUCCUCCACGCUUAACCCAGUUUCCAGCUGUUAAAGGGGAAUUCCAGCGAAUCCGACUUUAAGUGCGCUACUUCGCAAGAGGAGAAGUUUUCACAAAUAGUCCAAGAGAUUUUCCUUUUGUUUGAUUGUGAAUAUUUUGUGGAAAACAUGUGUUCCUGCAUGACAACGAACCAAAAGUUAGCACUGUUGGAAUCCCCCCACAACCCUGAUAAUUCCCUUUGAAAGGAAUUCAGACAGACGCAGCCUUUUUACACCAAGUCUUCCAGACGUUACAGUAUGAUACAGAUGCCUCUCUUUCAAUGGAUAAAGUGCCUGUGGGAGCUUGAUGCAGGAGAUGGGCUCUUUCUGUGGGCCACUGCAGAGGCAGUGUCUUUUCACUGCAAUCUGUGAAGCUGACGAUUAGAGGAGUUGUUGCCAAAUAUGUUUCAGAGCCUUUCGACGGUCGAUUUCUGGCUUUUUGGUCAUCAGGACAGACUGACGCUGCAGACAGCUACUACAUCAGCACCUGAUCAUGAGUGACUGUUUGAUUUUCAAGCACAGGAAUAUGCUACAUUCUACAACACUACUACACAUUUUGUUAAACAACCGUAACACACUCUGAUGGUUUUUCACUAAUAGAUUCAUGAAGGAGGACUAAUAGUCAUUUGAUGUGUGUGGAGUUCUGAACACUAAUCUUACAACUGUAUAAUGUGAGUUUCUGCAUUUUGUAGGCCUGCAUUUGCCAUCUUGCACUUGACUUCAUUAGGCACAUACAGCACACUGAAUCAUGUCAGCAUAACCAACAUAUGAGUGAGAAGAAUAUA